UGUUUAAUUGCGGUAUUUGAGUCGUUGCAGGUUGCUCUAACCUCAUUCCUUCAAUUUCUCCCGCCCACCAGCAGUGGUAUGAGAAAUUGAAGGAAUGAGGUUAGAGCAAAGUGAGCAAAGUGCAACGAAUCAAAUACCGCAAUUAAACAACAGCAGUUCAUCUCCUGUGCUGUAGAUCAUCAUCUAUCGUCCUUCUGUAUCUAUUACAGAUGUUUUAACGCUCAUUCGCUCCUUCAUUUGCAAAUACUUGAAUCGUUCCGUCCGUCCGUCCCGUCCGUCCAUUCGUUCGUUCGUUCGUUCCUUCGUCCCAAAAUCUCUUAAAGAGAUAGCGCUUUAAAAACAAGGAAAACAGGAAUGAAUGAACUAGGGGGAGUCCAGCAAAUGUGUUCAGUGCUGUCUGCUAAUUUGAAUUGGGAACUGGUCUCGCAAUAUCCUGGUGUCUCUUUGAUUUGUCUUCACUCUCAAUGAAUUUUCGAAAGCAUACCUAGGCUAAAUAAGAGAAGCAACCUUUACUUUGAAAAUCUCCCAACAUGGUGGGUGGAGCAGUGCCUUUGCGUGGGAGCAUACGAUGGGCAGUCAACACCAGAGCCUGGGAGCCAACAGAACAAGAGUGGCUUCUUGCUUCAAGAUGUAUAUCUUUGGAGGAUAAAGAGCGAAUUAACAAGUUUGCUUUUAAAGCUGACGCCAAGGCUAGUAUGGCCGGAACUUUAAUGAUGAGGAAACUAGCACACUUAGCUACAGGUGAACCUUAUGAUAAAGUAACGUUCUUUAGAGAUAAACAUGGUCGUCCAGCCAUUAGAGACCAAAUGCUGAAAAUGGACUUCAACAUUUCCCAUCAAGGAAAUUAUACAGUCCUUGCUGGUGAGGUUGAUAGCGACCUAACUGUUGGAAUUGACGUUAUGCAUUUCAAGCGGAAGACAGGUCGUGGGCUACAAGAUUUUUUUCGCCUCAUGAGCAAAACAUGUUCAAACAAUGAAUGGAACUCAAUAUUAUCUCAUAGUUCUGAUGAGAGGAGGGCUGUUACAUUUUUUAGACAUUGGUGCCUGAAAGAAAGCUAUUGCAAAGGCACUGGUUUGGGAGUUCGUACUGAUAUGCGUUUCUGUUCUUUCAAAAUUAAUACACCAAUCUUGAGCGCUGAUAAACCAACAACUGAUACUGUAUUGGAAUUAGAUGGUGUUCCAAACUCAACUUGGCUUUUCCAUGAGUGGUUACUAGAUCCUUUACACUGUGUGUCUGUAGCUCUCUCAACUCGUUCUAAUACCAUGACUAUGACAAAUAUUCAACCUGUACCUUUUACUACCUUAUCGUGGUCUGAACUCAUUCAGGAGGCUGUUCCUCUGUUGCCACCUGAUGUUGACUAUGUACAAACGUUCAUGAAGAAAGCUGAUUGGUCACGAGCUCAUGAAACAAAUUGAUUUUGAAACAUUACUUUUUUUACUGUUGUAAUAAAAAUGUGACGGAAGUCUUUA